CCUCUCGGGGGGUCAAUCCCAUCGACCUGGUACUGGGUCGUAGAACGGCAUGCGAUGCGUUUGCUGGCCAUUGCGUUCCACCUGGUCAACGCAGAUGCGGUGACCUGCAGUAAUGAGCGCCUGCAGAGGCUGCUGCGGGAGGAGCGGCACCGGGCCUGGGCGUGCGAUUCGGCGAAGCUGAAAUUCAUCCAAGAGCAGCCCUGGGAGGCCUGGGCCCUGGACUCGGAGGAGGCCUUUGCGCGCCUGAGCUUCAAGGUGAUGGUGCCCCACCCAGUGAAGGAGAAGGAGGAUUUGCUUUGGAGUUUGGCUGAGCGGCCAUACAACCAGACCAUGCCGGACGGCAGCAAGCGCCAGCCGGAGGUGCUCACCGCGCGCCACUGGACGGGCAUGCACGUGCCGCCGGGCCGAGCCUUUGCAGUGGAGCAGAUGCAGCGUUUGUCGCCGGUCCGCGACUGGAUGCCCCAGCUCUUCAGCCAUCUCAAAGUUGCUGGCUCGGUGGACUUCUAUGCGAGCCGGGUGGGCAGAGAUUCGGUGGGCUCCUAUGGCUGGCACACGGACACGGUGGAUGCCUUGAUCUAUGUGCUCAAAGGCAACAAGCGCAUAAAGAUCGCUGGGCACUACCCUGGCAGCAAAGUCACCAUGGACAAGGUCCUCACGGAGGGUUCGCUGGUCUACGUGCCGGGGGGAAGGUUCCACCUGCUGCACGCCUUGCCCCAGGACGUGAACGCCAAAACCGCGGAGCUGGUCAUUGUCCUCAGCAUUGGCCUGUCCAAUCCCAACGAGGAUUUGCUGACGGUCCGCACGGACACCUACAGGCAGGCCUUCGAGGAUCAAAAUCUGCCGUGGUGGGACGUGGAGGGCCAGGUGGCCGCGCUGCCGCCCCACUUCCCGCGGAAGCCGGAGGUGGUCUUCGCGGAGAAGGACGCUUUAGACUCCAAGGGUUUGGCCGCCAUCCACCGCCGCGUGCUGCAGAAAGACGCACUGCGCCUCACCAUGCUGCUGCAUCAGGGCGCGGAGGUCGACCUGCGCACCCGCUCCCUGCCCAAGCGGCCCUCCGUGACAGCGCUGGGUCUGGCGGCCUGUUGUGUGGAGGAGGAGGCCGCCUUGACCCUGACCGCCAAGCUCCUGGAGUUCCGCGCGGAUCCACGGGCCGUGGAGUUCCCCGAAGGCACCGCGCCCCUCUCAGCGGUGGCGGUGGCCGGGCGCCGUAGCGCCUCCUUCGCGGCGCGGAUGAAGAUGCGCUGCAGCGCCAGCGAGGAGCUGCGGCCCGGUAGCGACGGCAAAAUCGUGCUGCGCGCACGAUUUUGGGCGCUGUGCCGCUUGAAAGCGUUUGCCGAGGCCCACUCCUUCGCGGGGGCCUUCGCUGGCGCGCUGCAGACGGCCUUCUGGCACCCACUGGACGUCUUGAAGACCCGUAUGCAGGUCCGGGACGGCACCGUGGGCUCCGUGCACGCCUACGGCUCGCUGCGGCAAGCCGUGCAGUCCACCUGGCAGGACGGCGCGCGGGGCUUCUUUCGAGGUGUGCUGCCCAACAUCUUGGGAUCCUCUUUGGCCUGGGGCUUGCAGAUGCCGCUCUACCAGCAGUUCAAGAUCUUCGCACGCAGCUCCAAGGUCGAUGCCCAUCUCGCUGCCAAAGAUAGCGCCUGUUCUUUGGCGGCUGGCGCGGCCACCAAUGUGGUGGUGCAUCCAUUCUUCUUGAUCAAGACCCGCCUGCAGCUGCAAUUGCACAGCUCCAGCGUCCCUGGCGGCUACCGGGGGGCCUUGCAUGCGGUUGAAACCAUCGCCAUGGAAGAAGGUCUGCGAGGCUUCUACCGUGGCUUUGGACCUUCACUGAUGCUCUGCUCACACGGCGCCGUGCUCCUGGUGUCCUAUGACCACUGCAAGUUGUUCUUCAACUCGGUCUUGGCGGCCUCUUGCUGUGCAAAGAUCUUCGCAUCGGUUGCCACCUACCCUCUCCAGGUGACACGCUCGGUGAUGCAGCAGCGCCGUGAGGCCCACUUCGAGUACACGAGCUUCCCAAGGACGGUGCAGCUCCUUUGGCAAAGGAACGGGCUGCAGGCCUUCUACAGAGGCCUUUUCCCGCAGAUGCUGCGCACGGUGCCGCAAGCCAUGGCGUUCUUCUCCAUCUAUGAGCAUGUUCUCUCUGCAUUGCAGCUGGUACGGCCCAGCUCAAAAUAG